AUGGCUGGACAGGGUGACCUUGCCUGUAUCGACCUGGCCUGCCCCUGCAACUGCCUCCCCGAGAAGAUCAAUAAGGAGUGGGGCCUUGAGGGGCAUGACCGGCAGCAGGGGCUGGCAGCCACCCCACCCCCAGGAGAUGCAGGCCCCCUCAGGGGGAGCCAGCUGCUGGCCUGGGUGCUGUGGCUGCAGGCGUGGCGGGUGGCAGCACCGUGCCCAGGUGCCUGUGUGUGUUACAACGAGCCCAAGGUGACGACGAGCUGCCCGCAGCAGGGCCUCCAGGCUGUGCCCACUGAUAUCCCGGCCGCCAGCCAGCGCGUCUUCUUGCACGGCAACCGCAUCGUGCACGUGCCCGCCGCUGGCUUCCGUGCCUGCCGUAACCUCACCAUCUUGUGGCUGCAUUCGAAUGCACUGACCCGCAUUGAUGCUGCUGCCUUCACCGGCCUAACCCUUCUCGAGCAGCUGGACCUCAGCGACAAUGCACAGCUGCGUGCCGUGGACCCCACCACGUUCCAUGGCCUGAGCCGCCUGCACACGCUGCACCUGGACCGCUGCGGCCUGCAGGAGCUGGGCCCCGGCCUGUUCCGUGGCCUGGCUGCCCUGCAGUACCUCUACCUACAGGACAACAGUCUGCAGGCGCUGCCAGAUGACGCCUUCCGCGACCUGGGCAACCUCACACACCUCUUCCUGCACGGCAACCGCAUCCCCAGCGUGCCUGAGCGCGCCUUCCGUGGCCUGCACAGCCUCGACCGCCUCCUUCUACAUCAGAACCGUGUGGCCCAUGUGCACCCGCAUGCCUUCCGUGACCUCGGCCGCCUCAUGACGCUCUACCUGUUUGCCAACAACCUCUCUGCGCUGCCCGCAGAGGCCCUGGCACCCCUGCGUUCCCUGCAGUAUCUGCGGCUCAAUGAUAACCCCUGGGUGUGUGACUGCCGGGCACGCCCGCUCUGGGCCUGGCUGCAGCAGUUCCGAGGCUCCUCGUCUGAGCUGCCCUGCAGCCUGCCCCCACACCUGGCCGGCCGUGACCUCAAGCGCUUGGCUGCCACCGACCUGGAGGGCUGUGCUAUUGCUGCCAGGCCCUCCCGUCCCAUCCGGACCGGCGGGCCUACUGAUGACGAGCGUCUGGGUCUGCCCAAAUGCUGCCAGCCUGAUGCCGUGGACAAGGCCUCAGUGUUGGAGGCUGGCAGUCCAGGCUCAGCCGGCAACGCGCUCAAGGGACGUGUGCCAUCCGGCGACAGCCCACCAGGCAAUGGCUCUGGCCCACGGCACAUCAACGACUCCCCCUUCGGGACCCUGCCUGGCUCAGCUGAGCCCCCGCUGACCGGGAUGAGGCCCGAGGGCUCCGAGCCACCGGGGCCCCCCACCACAGGCCCUCGCCGGAGGCCAGGCUGUUCCCGCAAGAACCGCACCCGCAGCAGCCACUGCCGUCUGGGCCAGGCGAGCAGUGGGGGCGGUGGGACUGGUGAUGCAGAGGGCUCAGGCGCCCUGCCCAGCCUCACCUGCGGCCUGGCCCCACUAGGCCUCGCGCUGGUGCUGUGGACGGUGCUUGGGCCCUGCUGA